GGAAGGGUGGAGUUUCAACGACGCCGCCUCAGAAGACCGAAGCAGGGAGGGAGCAGAGAAAUCACAAUUUGACAUACCAGCCAUUCGGAACAUAUUUUUUCAAGGCGGGGGAAAAAAGGAUUGUAAACUCUGUGAAAACUGUUCCCCGAAAACCUGCCAAGGAACUGUAGGUAGAGGACGGACGAGUGAACGAGGAACCCCCCCCACCCCCCAGUCUGCAUUCUUAGAAGGGAGGACAUCUCCCAUAGCAACAAGUUUCUAUCAGUAGCGGCAGAGACUCAGCGGUAGCCAUGGUGGCGUUGUCCCUGAAGAUCAGCGUGGGGAACGUGGUGAAGACCAUGCAGUUCGAGCCCUCCACCAUGGUGUACGAUGCCUGUCGCAUGAUACGCGAACGAGUCCCUGAAGCACAGCUCGGACAGCCUAAUGACUAUGGCCUGUUCCUGUCUGACGAGGACCCCAAGAAGGGCAUCUGGCUGGAGGCAGGGAAAGCCCUCGACUACUACAUGCUUAGGAACGGGGACACCCUGGAGUACAAGAAAAAACAGAGACCCCUGAAGAUCCGCAUGUUGGACGGCACGGUGAAGACAGUCAUGGUGGACGACUCCAAAAUUGUCAGCGACAUGCUCAUGACCAUCUGUGCCAGGAUAGGCAUCACAAACUAUGACGAGUACUCGCUGGUGCACGACGUCCUAGAGGAGAAGAAGGAGGAGAUGACGGGCACGCUGAAGAGGGACAAGACGCUCCUCAGGGACGACAAGAAGAUGGAGAAGCUCAAGCAGAAGCUACACACAGACGACGAGCUGAACUGGCUGGACCACGGGCGGACGCUGCGCGAGCAGGGCAUCGAGGAGACGGAGAUGCUGCUCCUCAGGAGGAAGUUCUUCUACUCCGACCAGAACGUCGACUCCAGAGACCCUGUGCAGCUCAAUCUGCUCUAUGUGCAGGCCCGUGACGACAUCUUGAACGGCUCUCAUCCCGUCUCCUUCGACAAGGCCUGCGACUUCGCCGGCUACCAGUGCCAGAUCCAGUUUGGAGAUCACCAGGAGACCAAACACAAGCCAGGCUUCCUGGACCUCAAGGAGUUCCUUCCAAAAGAAUACAUCAAGAACAAAGGCGAGAAGAAGAUCUUCCAGGCCCACAAGAAUUACCAGAACAUGACUGAGAUCGAGGCCAAGGUCAGCUAUGUCAAGCUGGCCCGCUCACUCAAGACCUACGGAGUGUCCUUCUUCCUGGUCAAGGAGAAGAUGAAGGGCAAGAACAAGCUGGUGCCACGUCUGCUGGGCAUCACCAAGGAGAGUGUGAUGCGCGUGGACGAGAAGACCAAGGAGGUCAUGCAGGAGUGGAGCCUCACCAACAUCAAGCGCUGGGCCGCCUCCCCCAAGAGCUUCACAUUGGACUUUGGUGAUUAUCAGGAUGGCUACUACUCUGUGCAGACCACAGAAGGAGAGCAGAUCGCCCAGCUCAUCGCUGGAUACAUCGACAUCAUUCUCAAAAAGAAAAAGAGCAAAGACCACUUCGGCUUAGAAGGCGAUGAGGAGUCCACCAUGCUGGAGGAUUCUGUGUCGCCCAAGAAGUCCACGGUGAUGCAGCAGCAGUUCAACAAGAUGGGCAAGGUGGAGACGGGCUCGGUGGCACUGCCGGCCAUCAUGCGCUCGGGGGCCGGCGGCCCGGAGAGCUUCCAGAUGGGCUCCAUGCCCCAGGCCAAGCAGCACAUCACCAGCGGGCAGAUGCACCGCGGCCACAUGCCCCCUCUGACGUCAGCGCAGCAGGCCCUGACUGGCACCAUCAACUCCAGCAUGCAGGCUGUACAGGCAGCCCAGGCCACUCUAGACGAGGCCACCGAACUCCCAGAACUGGGAACUGACGCUGCCUCUCAAGCCUGGCGUAAGAACAAGAUGGAUGAGUCGAAGCAUGAGAUCCAUUCCCAAGUGGAUGCCAUCACCGCUGGAACUGCCUCCAUGGUCAACCUCACUGCAGGUGAUCCAGCGGAGACUGACUACACGGCAGUGGGCUGCGCGGUGACCACCAUCUCCUCCAACCUGACGGAGAUGUCCAAGGGCGUCAAGCUGCUGGCGGCGCUCAUGGAAGACGAGGGCGGCAACGGGCAGAACCUGCUGGGCGCCGCCAAGAACCUGGCAACCGCCGUCUCCGACAUGCUGAAGACCGCCCAGCCCGCCAGCACCGAGCCUCGUCAGAACCUCCUGCAGGCUGCGGGUAACGUGGGCCAGGCCAGCGGAGAGCUGCUGCAGCACAUCGGAGAGGGCGAGACCGACCCACGAUUCCAGGAUAUGCUGAUGCAGCUGGCUAAGGCGGUGGCCAACGCUGCCGCUGCACUGGUGCUGAAGGCCAAGAACGUGGCCCAGAAGACGGAGGACUCUGCCCUGCAGAACCGAGUCAUCGCCGCGGCCACCCAGUGCGCCCUGUCCACCUCGCAGCUGGUGGCCUGCACCCGGGUGGUGGCCCCCACCAUCAGCUCGCCGGUGUGCCAGGAGCAGCUGAUCGAGGCGGGUAAGCUGGUGGCCAAGUCUGUGGAGGGCUGCGUGGAGGCCUCGCAGGGCGCCACCGGCGACGAGCAGCUGCUGAAGCAGGUGGGGGCGGCGGCCACCGGCGUCACGCAGGCCCUCAACGAGCUGCUGCAGCACAUCAAGCAGUACGCCAGCGGCGGCCAGCCAAUAGGACGCCACGGCGAGGCCACCGACCGCAUCCUGGACGUCACCGAGAACAUCUUCAGCUCCAUGGGAGACGCAGGUGAGAUGGUGCGCCAGGCGCGUAUCCUGGCCCAGGCGACCUCUGACCUGGUGAAUGCCAUCAAGGCGGACGCGGAGGGCGAGUCGGACCUGGAGAACUCCCGCAAGCUGCUCUCCGCCGCCAAGCUGCUGGCCGACGCCACCGCCAAGAUGGUGGAGGCCGCCAAGGGAGCAGCGGCCAACCCUGACAGUGAGGAGCAGCAGCAGAAGUUGAGGGAGGCUGCAGAAGGUCUCCGCAUGGCCACCAACGCAGCCGCACAGAACGCCAUCAAGAAGAGACUUGUCAACAAGCUGGAGAAUGCCGCCAGACAGGCUGCCGCCGCCGCCACUCAGACCAUAAACGCCGCCCAGUACGCUGCCUCGUCCAAUAAGAAUCCAGCUGCUCAGCAGCAGCUUGUGCAGAGCUGCAAGACGGUGGCAGAUCAGAUCCCCAACCUGGUGCAGGGUGUGCGGGGUAGCCAGUCUCAGCCCGACAGCCCCAGUGCCCAGCUCGCCCUCAUCGCUGCCAGCCAGAACUUCAUCCAGCCCGGUGCCAAGAUGGUGACGGCUGCCAAGGCCACGGUGCCCACCAUCGGGGACCAGGCCUCUGCCAUGCAGCUCAGCCAGUGUGCCAAGAACCUCGCCAGCGCCCUGGCAGAGCUACGCAACGCCGCACAGAAGGCUCAGGAAGCGUGUGGUCCUCUGGAGAUUGAUAAUGCCUUGGCGCUCAUCCGCGGCCUGGAGAAGGACAUGCAGGACGCCAAGACCUCCGCGGCCGAGGGCAAACUCAGACCCCUACCCGGAGAGACGCUGGAGAAGUGUUCUCAGGACCUGGGCAACAGCACCAAGGCCGUGAGCUCCGCCAUCGCCCAGCUGCUGAGCGAGGCCACCCAGGGCAACGAGAACUACGCAGGCCAAGCUGCCAGAGAUGUUGCCCAGGCUCUGCGUGCCCUGGCCUCGGCUGCCCGCGGCGUGGCUGCCAACACGGACGACCCCCAGGCCCGCGACGCCAUGCUGGACUGCGCCAUGGACACCAUGGACAAGUCUGCCAACCUCAUCGAGGAGAGCAAGAGGGCCAUCGCCAAGCCGGGCGACCCAGACAGCCAGCAGAGACUGGCUCAGGUGGCAAAGGCUGUGUCGCAGGCCCUGAACAGGAGUGUGAACUGCCUGCCUGGCCAGAGAGACGUGGAUAACGCUAUCCGCACCGUCGGGGAGGCCAGCAAGAGACUGCUGUCUGACUCGUUCCCUCCGAGUGCCAAGAGUUUCCAGGAGGCGCAGGCCAAUCUGAACCAGGCGGCAGCGGGCCUGAACCAGUCUGCCAACGAGCUGGUGCAGGCCUCGCGCGGCACCACACAGGACCUGGCCAAGGCCUCGGGCAAGUUCGGAGGGGACUUCAACGAGUUCCUGGACGCCGGCGUGGACAUGGCCGGACAGUCGCAGUCCAAGGAGGACCAGACGCAGGUGGUGACCAACCUGAAGACCAUCUCCAUGUCCUCCAGCAAGCUGCUGCUGUCGGCCAAGGCCCUCUCCACCGACCCCAACUCCCCCAACCUCAAGAACCAGCUAGCCGCCGCCGCGCGUGCCGUCACAGAGAGCAUCAACCAGCUGAUCACCAUGUGUACCCAGCAGGCCCCGGGCCAGAAGGAGUGCGACAACGCGCUGAGGGAGCUCGAGACGGUCAGAGGCAUGCUGGAGAACCCAACAGAGGCGGUUAACGAUAUGGGCUACUUUGACUGUAUCGACAGCGUCAUGGAGAACUCUAAGGUUCUGGGGGAAGCCAUGGCUGGAAUCUCCCACAAUGCCAAGAACAGCAACCUGCCGGAGUUUGGCGAUUCGGUCAGCUCGGGCUCCAAGGCCCUGUGCGGACUCACAGAAGCUGCGGCCCAGGGUGCUUACCUGGUGGGUGUGUCGGACCCCAACAGCCAUGCGGGCCAGAAGGGCUUGGUGGACCCGGCCCAGUUCGCCAGAGCCAAACAGUCCAUCCAGAUGGCCUGCCAGAACCUGGUGGACCCAGCCUGCACACAGUCACAGGUUCUGUCGGCUGCCACCAUUGUUGCCAAACACACGUCGGCGCUCUGCAACGCUUGCCGCCUCGCCUCCUCUAAAACAUCCAAUCCUGUUGCUAAGCGACAGUUCGUCCAGUCCGCCAAGGAGGUGGCCAACAGCACCGCCAACCUCGUCAAGUCCAUCAAAGCCCUGGACGGAGCGUUUAACGAGGAGAACCGCGCUAAGUGUAAAGAGGCCACCGGGCCGCUGAUCGAGGCCGUGGACAACCUGACCAACUUCGCCUCCAACCCCGAGUUCGCCAGCGUGCCUGCCCAGAUCAGCCCAGAGGGCAUGGCUGCCAUGGAGCCCAUUGUGGUGGCCGCCAAGACCAUGCUGGAGAGCUCCACGGGCCUGAUCCAGACAGCCCGCUCCCUGGCCGUCAACCCCAAGGACCCACCCAAGUGGUCCGUGCUGGCCGGCCACUCCAGAACCGUCUCCGACUCCAUCAAGAAGCUCAUCACCAACAUGAGAGAUAAGGCUCCGGGCCAGAGGGAGUGUGAUGAUGCUAUUGAGGUGCUGAACAACUGCAUCCGGGAGGUGGACCAGGCCUCUCUAGCAGCCAUUAGCCAACAACUCACCCCACGAGAUGACAUCUCCCAUGAGGCUCUCCAUGAGCAGAUGGCUGCCUCCGUUCAGGAGAUCAGCAACCUCAUUGAGCCCGUGGCCAUCGCUGCCCGCUCGGAGGCCUCUCAGCUGGGACACAAGGUGUCGCAGAUGGUGAGCUACUUCGAGCCCCUCAUCAUGGCGGCCAUUGGCACGGCCUCCAAGAUCCUCAACAGCCAGCAGCAGAUGAACGUGCUGGACCAGACCAAGACACUGGCCGAGUCCGCCCUGCAGAUGCUCUACACCGCCAAGGAGGCCGGAGGAAACCCCAAGGCCGCCCACACCCAGGAGGCCCUGGAGGAGUCCGUCCAGAUGAUGAAGGAGGCCGUGGACGACCUUGCGGCGACCUUGGCGGAGGCGGCCAGCGCGGCGGGCGCCGUAGGGGGCAUGGUGAACUCCAUCAGCCAGGCCAUCAACACCAUGGAGGACGGCCCCGGGGUGGAGCCCGAGGGCAACUUCGUCGACUACCAGACCACCAUGGUCAAGACUGCCAAGGCCAUCGCCGUCACCGUGCAGGAGAUGGUCACCAAGUCCAACACCAACCCUGAUGAUCUGGGAGGUCUUGCCAAUCAGCUGACCAAUGAAUUCGGACAGCUGGCCGGCGAAGCCAAGUGUGCCGCCAUCACUGCAGAGACUGACGAGAUCGGCUCCCACAUCAAGAAGCAGGUGACAGAGCUGGGCUACAGCUGCACGGGCCUGGUCACCAAGGCCGGAGCUCUGCAGUGCAGCCCCAACGACACCUUCACCAAGAAGGAGCUCAUCGACAGCGCUCGCAAGGUCUCAGAGAAGGUGUCUCACGUGUUGGCCGCGCUCCAGGCCGGUAACCGUGGUACCCAGGCCUGCAUCACGGCUGCCAGUGCCGUCUCGGGCAUCAUCGCCGACCUGGACACCACCAUCAUGUUCGCCACCGCAGGCACGCUCAACCGCGAGAACGCAGAGACCUUCGCCGAUCACAGAGAGCACAUCCUGAAGACGGCCAAGGCGCUGGUGGAGGACACCAAGCUGCUGGUGUCGGGGGCGGGGGCGAGCCAGGAGAAGCUGGCGCAGGCCGCCCAGUCCUCCGUCAUCACCAUCACCAAGCUGGCCGACGUGGUCAAGCUGGGCGCCGCCAGCCUGGGCGCCGAAGACCCAGAGACACAGGUGGUGCUAAUCAAUGCAGUCAAGGACGUGGCCAAGGCUCUUGGAGAUCUCAUCAGUGCCACCAAGGCGGCGGCCGGGAAGCCACACGACGACCCCGCAAUGCUGCAGCUCAAGAACUCCGCCAAGGUGAUGGUGACGAACGUGACAUCGCUGCUGAAGACGGUGAAGGCUGUGGAGGACGAGGCCACCAAGGGGACCAGGGCGCUGGAGGCCACCAUCGAGCACAUCAAGCAGGAACUGGCCGUGUUCAACAGCCCCAACCCGCCACCACAAACCACGACCCCGGAAGAGUUCAUCCGCAUGACCAAAGGCAUCACGCUGGCCACCGCCAAAGCAGUGGCUGCUGGGAACUCCUGUCGCCAGGAGGACAUCAUCGCCACCGCCAACCUCAGCCGCAGGGCCAUGGCCGACAUGCUUAUCUCCUGCAAGCAAGCGGCGUACCACCCAGAGGUCAAUAGAGAGGUGCAGGUGAGGGCCCUGCGAUUUGGCUCCGAGUGCGCCACCGGAUACCUGGGGCUGCUGGAGCACGUGCUGGUGAUCAUCCAGAAGCCCACCCAUGACCUGAAGCAGCAGCUGGCCAUCUUCUCCAAGCGAGUGGCUGGCUCUGUCACCGAGCUCAUCCAGGCCGCAGAGGCCAUGAAAGGCACGGAAUGGGUGGACCCCGAGGACCCCACGGUCAUCGCAGAGAACGAGCUGCUGGGGGCGGCGGCGGCCAUUGAGGCGGCCGCCAAGAAACUGGAGCAGCUGAGGCCGCGUACCAAACCCAAGGAGGCUGACGAGAGCUUGAACUUCGAGGAGCAGAUCCUGGAGGCGGCCAAGUCCAUCGCCGCCGCCACCAGUGCGCUGGUCAAAGCCGCCUCGGCCGCCCAGAGGGAGCUGGUGGCCCAGGGCAAGGUUGGAGCCAUCCCUGCCAACGCCGUGGACGAUGGCCAGUGGUCGCAGGGUCUCAUUUCUGCUGCACGUAUGGUCGCUGCUGCCACAAACAACCUGUGCGAGGCGGCUAACUCGGCGGUGCAGGGUCACGCUAGCGAGGAGAAGCUGGUCUCCUCAGCCAAGCAGGUGUCCGCCUCCACUGCCCAGCUCCUGGUGGCCUGCAAGGUCAAGGCGGACCAGGACUCCCAGACCAUGAAGAGGCUCCAGGCUGCAGGUAAUGCAGUAAAGAGGGCCUCAGAUAACCUGGUGAAGGCGGCCCAGAAGGCUGCGUUUGACGCCCAGGACGACCAGGCCGUCAUGGUGAAGAGCAAGAUGGUGGGCGGCAUCGCUCAGAUCAUCGCGGCUCAGGAGGAGAUGCUGAGGAAAGAGCGUGAGCUGGACGAGGCGAGGAAGAAGCUGGCCAUGAUCCGCCAGCAGCAGUACAAGUUCCUGCCCACCGAGCUGCGGGAAGAUGGACAAGACCAAUGAGGAGAGGACGCCACGCCACGCCACGCCACACACACGCCGCUAUAGCCUAGCCUACUGCUCUCUCUGGUUCACACACAGAUACAGAUACACACAUAAAAGGCACACUUAAACAGAUACAUACACACAUGCACACACAUGCACACACAUGCACACACGUGCAAACACCGACACACACCCACACACGCCAUGCAAGCAAAGACAAAUCAACGGCUUGGGUUUUCCAGCCUUCGCCACAAUUUUAUUAUUAUUAUAUAUUUUUGUUGGAGAGUGUAACUAUGAUGAUGAUGAUGACAUGCACCAUACUGGGCAAAGCAAUUCUAAGAGAUGAAAUGGGGUAAAAAGUGAACAAAUUUAUCAGGAUGUUUAUUUUUAACUUUUUUCGGGUUUUUUCUUCUUUUCUUGUUUUGUUUUCACUGUUUUGUUUUCUUUUUUUGUAUUUGUCACUUUUACAAGCAUUGUGGUGCCAUGACUUAAAACUAUUUUGUUAUUUGUUUCUUUCCUUUUCAUUUGUUUGUGUCUUUUGGAUAAUGUAUGCACAACUUAUGCAAAAUCGCUAUGGUAACUGCGCUUGUAGUGGCUCCAUGUGAUUUCAUUUAGCCUUAGACGAUUCUAUAGAUUAGCAUUUCUCUGGACCUAGCAUGCAUUGGGGGUCUGGCUGCGGCUACACAUUUCAUUUAGCCAAUCAUUUCACUUACGGGAGUCAAGUCAAAAUGUUGGCCCCCAUUUAACACGGCUAAGAACAAUAUUAUAUCAGUGAGCACAACAAUGUUUUUAAUAACUUCCUGUCAUGUCCUUGUUUGUUUUUUUAUUAUUUUGGAUCAACUUUUUUGGGGGGUUGGAAAUUAUGAAAGAUAAAGUAAAACAGUAUUUGUUCAAUAGAAAUGUCUAACAUGUUAGUCAGGUUCCAAAGAGGAUUGUUGUGAAUGUUUGGGGCAGCCAUCUUUGCCUUGGUGUCAGGGUGUCGACACACCCCCGAGGACUGUCAACUGCAUCUAGUGGCAAUUUGGACCAGCAGUGCAAUGAGUACCUUUUUUGCGAUGAAACAAUUCAAAGAAAAGAAAAAAACAUAUCAUUUUUUAAGAAAAGGAAAAAAAUAAUAAAGCUAUGAAUUGUGUUACAAAUAAUAUCUUCUAUUAAAUGUCUAUGUUAAUAAAAAAAA